AUGUCUCAAAAACGUGAGAGGAGCAUUAAUUUCACGCGAGAGGAGGUUGACAUUUUAAUCAAACUGGUCGAAGUCAAUAAACACAUUCUUGAAAAUAAGAAGAGUGAUGCUGUAACCUGGGGCCAAAAAGAAGAAUGCUGGAAAGCUAUCGAGCUUUCCUUCAACGCUGCCAGUGGGAGUACACAUCGCACUUCCAAAAAUUUGCGGCUGAAGUAUGAGGGUAUCAAGCGAGAUACCAGAAAAAAGUCGGCACUAAUACGAGCGGAAACCUACCGCACAGGAGGAGGCUCCAGUACGGCGCCGGUUUUGACUCCCAGUGAGUCAAAAGUCAAGGAUAUGAUUUUGCUCUCUGUUGAUGGCAUGGAGAGCAAUUUUGACUCUGACAGUCUGCCAAAUACAGUAGUUGACACUCAGGAUGCAGCUGAUUUGGGGGAAGCAAGUUCCGAGACAGUUACAAAAUGGUCUCAGUGGAAGCCUGCCUCAUUCAGAUCAAGAAAACAUCCUGCUUUAUGUAAGCCGAAACCUAAGAGGCCAUUCGAGAAAGUGGCCGAUGCCAAAAUGCAAAUUUUAGAAGAAGAGUAUAAAAAUAAAAAAAUUCAAUGGGCUUUUGAAGAAGAGGAAAGGGAGUACAAGAGAGAAAUGUGGGCCUUAGAAAAAAAGUUGUUGCUGAAAAAAUUAAAUGAAUAG